GCGCCGGGCUAGUGUGCUCCGGGAGCUGGCGACCCGCCGAGCCUCGGCCCUGCGCGCUGGCCUCAUGGCGGCGCGGCCGCUGUCCCGGAUGCUGCGGCGGGUUCUGAGGUCCAUCGCCCGGAGCUGCAGCUCGGGGGCUCCGGUGUCGCAGCCCUGCCCCGGGGAGCCCUCUCAGGCUGCCGCGGAGGAGCUGUCCAGACGCAGGCAGUUCCUGCGGGAGCACGCGGCCCCCUUCUCCGCCUUCCUCACAGACAGCUUCGGCCGGCAGCACAGCUACCUGCGGAUCUCCCUCACGGAGAGGUGCAACCUCAGAUGUCAGUACUGCAUGCCCGAGGAGGGUGUCCCUCUGACCCCCAAGGCUGACCUGCUGACCACAGAGGAGAUCCUGACCCUCGCCCGCCUCUUUGUGAAGGAAGGUGUCAACAAGAUCCGGCUCACGGGCGGAGAGCCGCUCAUCCGGCCAGAUGUGGUGGACAUCGUGGCCCAGCUCCGGCGGCUAGAAGGGCUGAGGACCAUUGGCGUCACCACCAACGGCAUCAACCUGGCCCGGCUGCUACCCCAGCUUCAGAAAGCUGGUCUCAGUGCCAUCAACAUCAGCCUGGACACCCUGGUGCCAGCUAAGUUUGAGUUCAUCGUCCGCAGGAAAGGCUUCUACAAGGUCAUGGAGGGCAUCCACAAGGCCAUCGAGCUGGGCUACAGCCCGGUGAAGGUUAACUGUGUGGUGAUGCGAGGCCUAAACGAGGACGAGCUCCUGGACUUUGUGGCCUUAACCGAGGGCCUGCCCCUGGAUGUGCGCUUCAUAGAGUACAUGCCCUUUGAUGGCAACAAGUGGAACUUCAAGAAGAUGGUGAGCUACAAGGAGAUGCUGGACACCAUCCGGCAGCAGUGGCCGGAGCUGGAGAGGCUGCCCGAGGAGGAAUCCAGCACAGCCAAGGCCUUUAGGAUCCCUGGCUUCCAAGGCCAGAUCAGCUUCAUCACUUCCAUGUCCGAGCACUUCUGUGGGACCUGCAACCGGCUGCGGAUCACGGCAGAUGGGAACCUCAAGGUCUGCCUCUUUGGGAACUCCGAGGUGUCUCUGCGGGAUCACCUGCGGGCCGGGGCCUCCGAGCAGGAGCUGCUGAGAAUCAUCGGAGCGGCCGUGGGCAGGAAGAAGCGGCAACAUGCGGGCAUGUUCAACAUUUCCCAGAUGAAGAACCGGCCCAUGAUCCUCAUCGGUGGGUGACCCAUCAAGUUAUUUUCGAUGUUCCAAGAUUCCCCACCAGCCAAUCUGAGCAUUUCCCCCUGGGACCCCUUCCACGUUCGGGGUCUGAGACUCAGAGCGAGCUUCUCCAGCCAGAUGGCAACUUUGUGGAAAGGACGUGGGGUCCCCCCGGCCCCUCCCGUAGCCCAGCGGCGGCUGGGGUCUGGCUCCCCUCAGAGACACUACACUUCCCACGCAGACUCAGAUGCCAACUCCAAGUGCCUUAGCCCAGGGUCCCAGGCUCCCGCCACCCCCUGGGGACCCCCAUCAACCUCGGAACAACUGACCCACGUGGACUCAGAAGGACGGGCAGCUAUGGUAGAUGUGGGCGGGAAGCCGGACACAGAGCGGGUGGCUGUGGCCUCAGCCGUGGUCCUCCUGGGGCCUGUGGCCUUCAAGCUCGUCCAGCAGAACCAGCUCAAAAAGGGAGAUGCCUUGGUGGUGGCCCAGCUGGCUGGAGUCCAGGCGGCCAAGCUGACCAGCCAGCUGAUUCCGCUGUGCCACCACGUGGCCCUGAGCCACGUCCAGGUGCGGCUGGAGCUGGACGGCACGCGCCAUGCCGUGGUGAUCCAGGCGUCUUGCCGGGCUCGGGGCCCCACCGGCGUGGAGAUGGAGGCCCUGACCUCUGCCACUGUGGCCUCGCUCACCCUGUAUGACAUGUGCAAGGCGGUCAGCAGGGACAUCGUGCUGGGGGAGAUCAAGCUCAUCAGCAAGACCGGGGGCCAGCGGGGGGACUUCCAUCGGGCUUAGAGUUCCUGCCCCUCUCACCCACGGCCAGCCAGGGCCGCGGAUGCGGAGCAGGUUGGGCUGAGGGAAAGAUGUCACGUUCCUUUAAUCCCAGCCACUGCUCACCGUCAUCAGUAGGAACCCAAGCUCAUCCCGCUUUGCUACUAGGUCUGCUGCCGGAUGACCUCUGAUGACCUGUGGGGCUUUCUGUGUACAGAGGGGACACUGGCAGCCCCUAAGCCUUCCAGGACACUAAGGUCACGGGAGGGGGUUGCAGCGAGCAAUGCUUGGUAACUGAAAAAUCACAUCAUAUUAUUUGUGGACCAUUUCAGACCACCAGUUUCAGACGGUCCAGCCCGUAACUUCUCAUUUUGGGUUUUCUCUUCUGCUUUCCUGGGGAAAGAAUAAGGGCUCAUUAAGCAGAGGAGCCCACUUUGAGGAGGGAAAAGCACAAGCUUGCACAGAGAAUGUAUCCCAGCUUCUCCCCAGCAGCUCUGAUUCCCAACUCUGCCUGCUCCCAGCUUCUGCCCCAUCUCUCCUGCCCGAGCCUGUGUCCCUCUGGACUUGCAGGCUUUCGGCUGAGCAGCCGCCACGUCCUGCCAGCCCCUUCCUCAGCCCACUCCUCGUAAACAGGAUGCACAUGCGUGGGCCGAGGCCCUAAGGGCUCCUGACCCACCACACAGCCCACACCUGGCCCUGCCCCAGACCAUUCCUCCCUCCCUUAUUCUGGAACAUGUCAGGGAAAGAAGAGAGGUGAAGGUCACCUUCACCCUCACAGUGCACAAAUAAAGCCACGAUGCCAACUUUGCAGAUGCAAGAAUAAGGAC